AUGGCAGUCCAGAACUCCGCGCGAAGCCCUUCCGCCACGCAUCGUGAUGCCAGCAACCCAGAAUACUCCCAGGAAGGUCUGAAUGAAGAUUCGAAAGAGAAUCUUUGCUCCGAUUCGACCAGUGGUCUGGCACGACCUCUCAGCAUUCACGAUUUUCAAAAUGCAGACAUCACUUGGCACUAUCUGGAAUUCGACACACAUUUACCGCAGCCUGCAUAUCUAUCGCAUCCGGAGCUUCAUCCUGCACCUCGAGUCCAACCACCACAAUGUCCAGACUUGCGGAAUUACGCUUCACCCUUUACCUGGGCAAAGUCGCGGAAGUCGGUGAUGAUGUGGAUAUCCUGCGCCGCCACCAUGUUCACCGCUUACAAUGCUGGAGCUUACACCUCUGGGCUUGAUCAAAUGAUGGAAGAAUGGCAGGUGCCCCAGGUCGUCGGCCUUCUCGGCGUCACUCUCUUCACGCUGGGCUUCGGACUGGCCCCGAUGUUCCUAGCUCCCUUCAGUGAGAUCAAUGGUCGGAGGCCAGUGUUUCUGCUGACUGGGGUUUUGUUUGUGAUAUUCCAAGUGGUUUGCGCCGUCACACCCACUUUGGCUGGCAUGCUUGUGUCGCGAUUUCUUGUAGGAUGUUUCAGCAGCACGUUCAGCACCAUGGUUGGAGGGGUCAUAAGCGACAUCUACCACGCAAAGGACCGCAACACUGCGAUGACGCUGUUCUCUGCCUCAGCUCUGACUGGAACUGGACUAGGACCUCUUGUCAGCGGCUUUAUCGGCCAAAACAUGACCUGGCGAUGGAUAUUCUACCUCCAGAUCAUCAUCGACGGCGUUCUAAUAGGCUUUGUAAUACUGUUCUUCAAAGAGACUCGUGGCUCGGUAUUGCUAUCUCGCAAAGCUCAAAAAUUGAACAAGUACUACGAAGCUCUGGAGUCCGCCGGAUACUACGGCCUUACAAUCUCCUCCACAAGCAUGAACAUGCAGUCACAACUCGAGAAGCCAUCAUCGACAGCACCAAAUCACUCCACACGAACCACAAUCCCCCGACUUCGCUGGAAAGUGCUCGCCGACGAAGAACGCGCCUCCCUAAGCACCAUGCUCCGCAUCUCCCUCCUCCGUCCCUUCCACAUGCUCAUCACCGAACCCGUCGUCUUCUUCUUCAGUCUCUGGAUCUCCUUCUCCUGGGGCGUCCUCUACAUGACCCUAAUCGCAGUCCCCCUAAUCUUCUCCACAACCUACUCCUUCAACCUGCAACAAACCGGCGCAAUUUUCUCCGCAUCAAGCAUCGCAAGUCUCCUCUUCACCUUCGUCGCCAUCUACCAAGAAAGAAUCCUAAAACCCCAUCUCCCCGAAACCCAUCAAAAAAUCCUCGACACCCCAGAAGGAAGAUUGUAUUUCGCAUGUGCCGAAUCCGCGCUCUUGCCGAUUGGAUGUCUAUGGCUGUGCAUUUCAGGCUCAUAUCCGAAUUGUCCUUGGAUCGUACCAGCUUUAGGACUCGGAUGUGCAACGAUCGGUAUCUUUAGUGUCUACCUCUCCGUCUUCAACUACCUCGCAGACUCCUACCACCGCUACGCAUCAAGCGCGCUAGCAGCACAAAGUUUCUGUCGAAACAUGCUCGCCGGAGCCUUCCCAUUAUUCACACGCCAGAUGUUUUCCGCCAUGAAAUUCCAAGGCGCAGGCGCAUUUCUCGGGGCUAUAGGGUUUCUUUUAACAGGGGUUCCUUUGGUUUUGGUUUUGUAUGGGCCGAAAAUUCGAGCGAAGAGUCGAUUGGCCAGUGAGAUUUUGAAGAGUGAUGCAUAA